AGUCGUCCAGUGGCGCUCGCUGAAGUAAGGUGUGUUGUUUCGUAGCUUCUCCCUCGUUGGAGGGCCCAAGUUUUUUUUUGUUGCAUUAUUUUGCGCUCAGUUGGUUCAAUUAUUGUCAAUUUAAACCUUGAACGCGGUUCAGUUUCACUGAAAGAAGGUUCGUCGAGUGUGUGCGCGCUAGAUUCUGCGCGGCGAGACUAGGGCAGAAUCUGUGCUGCUGGAGGCGUGGGAGCGAUUGUGUUAGGUAGGUGAGGUGCGCGCGCGUUCCAGUGAGAUUUGGAACAUUGGCGUGUAAGUGUGCAGUUCAGGUGAAAACACUGGCGUUUCUCGUGAUUACGAUAAUUACAAUCCCAUCGUCGGUGAAGUGGAAGAAAGAAGAAAAGUGGAAGAUGUGAUCGCGAGCGGCGUCGAGAAGUGAAGUAUGAACGACCUCGAAAUUGAAAUUUAGUGCUUUACUCUGGCGCUUCGGUAGAUUACGCCACAGUACGCGGAGAAUGAAGGAACCCAUGCGAUCAGCGAUCGUGUUUUCGGUUAGGCCUCAAUGAACGCGGUAGGCUUUUGAAAGUUUUUUUCUUUCCCUUCGAUCCCUUACCGAGUGUCUAGUGAGGGUAGGAAAACACACAACCCGCCAGUGAAAUUGUGAUAAACACGAAUGUUCGCGCUUUGGUAACCGCUUUUCCGCCGUUCGUUCGCGUGUGUGAUCGUGCCUGUUUCGUUUGAAAGAACCGUGGAGGUUUGGAUGCUGAUCGAGACUUUGAUCGCGUUCGGAGCGGCACGCAAUGCGACCCUGAGACGUCAACGGAUCUAAGAGAAACUCACCGUACCGAAAAUUAAUCGAAAUACCCGUACCUAAGCCCAACCGAAUAGAAAAAUCACUUUCCAAACUAUCGUGUGCGGGGUCCAGUGAAACUGAAAACAAUCCGUAAUUAAUCUGCGGUGCGCGAUCGCGCAGCAAACGAGAGCGAAACCUGGUUGACCAUGACACAAACCACCCCUAGUGAGCGGGGCUAGUAGUGCACCCACGAACCCUUGGUCACUGCCGGUGUCCCCGUGCUUCCCGGAUGAAGAUGAGUAGUGUCAAUGGAGCCGCUGGUCCACCCAGUCUGGUCAGUAUUCCGGGAACGCUACCGUCUGUGUCGACGACGUCGUCGACGAACGGACAAGGGACUGGUUCGGGACCACAGUCCCCGCUGCACUCGUCACCGCUGCUGCCGACGCACAGUAAUGGCGCCGGUCUUUGGGAUAUCACCGGAAAUGGUGGAGGUGGCAGCGGUGCUCCCUCGCUGUCAUCUCUGUCCCGGCUUAAUAGUAUGGAAUGCUGGGAUUAUACCAUCGAACUGGAGUGCCUACGCGGACCGGAAGAUCUGCAACUGGCGGCAGAACUCGGAAAAACCUUACUGGAACGCAACAAGGAGCUGGAAAGUUCCCUUAAACACCAUCAGAACAUCAUUGAGGACCAGGCCCAGGAAAUCGAGUACCUUACGAAGCAAAAUGGCGCCCUGCGGGAGGUCAACGACUCGCGGAUGAAGAUUUACGAACAGCUGGAGGUCAGCAUACAGGACCUAGAACGGGACAAGUACAAGUUAGCGUUAGAGAAUCAAGCCGAAAAGAAGCAUGCUAAAACCCUAUGUCGCAAUAUCGAAACGUUGGAAGCAAAGGUUGAAGAUGUGAACAAAACCCUCGACGAGGUACGGCGGCAGCUGGAAGCGGAACGGAAGAAUAACGAACGAUUGCGAAGCGACGGUGGUGCUGGUGGUGGUGGUGGUGGUUGUGGAAGCGGACGAGGUGUCAAAGAUGCGAUCCAAUUGCGGCCGGUUAACUUUGAUAUCGACGAUGGGGCCAGUGGCAGCGGACCGGACGAGGAUGAGAUCACCGAAAUCGACACGACGAAACCGGAGAAUUUUUCCUUUGCCUUCCGUGAUCAGUCCCACUCGACGGACGUGACGGAUUCGAGUCAUAACAGUUUCACGAACCUGCAGCUACCCAAUCAUCAUAAUAGCCUCCAACAGCAGCAGCAGCAGCAUCACAUGAACGAUCUGAACCUGACGGAGGAAAAUGAAGAACUGAUCCGGAUAAUGCAGGAACUGGAGAAAACUCGCAAAUGUUUCGUCGCCGAGCAGAAUCGGGUGGCGGAACUGGAAGAACAGCUGGCUGCCAUCGCUCAGGAGAAUCAGAUCCUUCAGAGCAAAAUAGUGCAAAUCAAUACGACGGAGGAGAUGAAAUCCGUGCACGAGGAACUGUCGAUUCUGGAGGAAGUUAGACAAGGCCAAAUGUGUACCCGCUGUCUGCGCGGUUUCGAAGACCGGGCGGAUGACGAGUCCAUCAUCACCGGCACCGAGGACGACGACCGUAGCCUGAUGGAUCUGAUACAGAACACGGAUGCUCCACAGGUCUUCCGGUCCUCCGUGACGAUCAAGACUUCUUCUCCUAAGCCAGAUACCUUGGAUCUGUCGAAUGCUAGCUCAAACAAUCCGUACCGGGAGCUGGUGGAGAAGUAUGAGGCACUGCUGGAGGUCCAGAGGAAUUCGUUGAUGCGCAAAGUCAGCGGAUCGGGUGGUCCGCAAGCACUGUCACAGCAGCACGCAGUAGCUGCACAGGAUGGGCCCAGCUGUCUGCAGCCGGCGGGGAGCGGCGUUGCUACGCAACCAUCGCUACACGAGGAGCUCGGCUCGGGUGAUUUCAGUUCGCUGAAUACCAAGUUCACCGAUGAGGACGGUAGUAAGAAGGACGAUCAGAGCAGCAAUGGAACUCGUCGGAAGAUUGGACUGCGUACUCCGACGGACUUUUCCGAGGCAGAAACCACAAGCUCCGGCUUUUCGGAUGAGAUUAGUAACAAAGCUACCCAAACGGACGAACGUCCGAGUAACUUCCUGUGCACAAUUGACAACGGAGAGGACUGCAAGUUUAGUAUCUACGAGGGUCAGACGGUUAUAGAUUCUAGGUUCCGAUUCAGCCCGUCCCAUCGGGAACUGUUCCGAGAGAUAUUCGGAAUUCUUAAGAAAGCUGCCGAUAACCGUGACGAAGGAGAACAGUUGCCAUUGCUGGACGAUCAAAUUCCUGCGCCGUCAAAGACCGACACAGCCCCGAAAGUACCGCCGGUUACUCCAGCAAACGAAGAACCACCGAGCGAGUUUGGAGACGACACGCAGAGUAUAAUUUCUUCCGCCGUUAGCGAGCAAUCGUUUGCCAUGUCCGAAUGCAUCACCAGAUCCGAACGGAAGAAAAUCGAAAAACAAGCCAAGUAUGCGGAGAAACACGGCGGCGGCGAACAGGAAAACAAACCACCAAUCGGAGUCGCUGCCCUACCAGACGGUCGCAUCCUAACACCCUACAAACGCCAACCCCUGGAAUAUUUAACCGUCUGCGUUGGUGUCAACAAGAAAAAAUCCCGUCGCCGUCGUAACCGAGUACCGACCGGAGCCGACAGUCCCGUCGAUCGAUCUGAUUCUCCAAUCACGCUUCCAUCACCGCCCCGAGUAUUCACCAGCAGUGGCAAGAAAGGCCGAACAUCCUAUCGUCCCUGGAAUCCGAAUGCGGCCGUCACUACUAGCUCCCCUGCGAACUCACCUUCCGCCACCCCGGCCGCCGCCGCCGAGUGGAACGGUAACUCCAUGACCGUCUACAAUCGAGGUCUCAACUCACCAACACCGUCCUGUUCGUCUCAGCGCACCCCAACCCAGGCUAGCCAAAGCUCGGCCGUCUCUUGGAAGUCGUCAACCGCCGUCGUUACACCGACGAGUACUGCAAGCCGCAAUGGUGGUAAUCGCUAUGCCGAACUCACCGAUGAAAGCGGUGAAUUGGUUCAGUUUAAACCGUCUUCGGCAAGCCAUGAUCUGCACAAGCUCAAAAAGUUGGACCUAUCGUACGCGGAAGUUCUUCGUCGGGCGGAUCACUGCAAACAGCAGAGCCAACGGCGUUCGCAUCAUCACAGCCACCACAAGUAAAUCAAUCAAAUUUGGACACGGUGGGUGGUGUCGGAAUGGGCCGCACAGGUAGGUUCGUUUUUUAACCCCGUCGAUCCGUGUCUUUGUACGUGUGUGAGUGUAGUAAUCGAUGCGUCGAAAGUUUUUAACUUGUAUCUAGCUUUUAUGUAACAGGAAAUUUUUCAUCUUUAUUCUGCCACUAAAAACGUAAUAAAAUUUAAACUUUUUCAUCAAAAGAUGAGCAAAGGCAAAAUUUUCAAACUAAAGUCAGUAUUAGAAACAAAAAUUGAGCAAGCAAAAUAGUGUUCGGAUCAAUUUAAAAACUGUCAUCUGUUCUAUCGAACUUCAGCUCAAAAAAAAAAAAUGAACGUAAAUAUUAUUUAUCUGCACGACAAUGAAAGAGAAAGCGACACAAGGAAGCAACGUACGCCAUAUUGUUGUUGAACUUGGUUGCAUUUCCCACGCACGCGAGUGGCUUAGUAGGCUGAGAAACCCCGCGCCCUUAAAGUUAUUUAAAUAGAAUCUGUUUCUGUUCAGUUUUUUUUUAAUUUUCAUCGGGCGAAACUACUUAUUUAACACCUGUUAACUAUUUGGCUUAAAUUUAAAAAAAACUAUUUACUUCUUUUUGUAUGUUAACUCGUUUAGUCGAACAUUUUUUGCCGCUUCGUUUUAUACAUUUUUUUAUAUUUUUAAGCUAAAUAAGUGAUACUAUUAGUUUGAAUGCGAACCGAGAGUUUGGGAACGAGAGAGAGAGAGAGAGAGAGAGAAAAAUAAUGUCAAACAAGAUACCACACUGAAAAGUAGGCGAUGAUGAAUUGUAACUUCAUUAUACAAAAACACACAUGCAUAUAACACUCACCAUUAUAACCUAUAUUAUGAAUUAAUAUGAAAACAAGUAAAGCUCGCCGCUAAUGAUGCGUUAUAUUAAAAAAAAGUUCAAAUUUCAGCUAUAUUUGUUUAUCUUAUAUUAUGACUCAAACAAGCAAGCGAAACAAUACUAACUAAUCUCCGGGUGACAUUAUUUCAAUUUACCUACAAAAAACUAACACCUAUUCAAUAGCUCAACGUAGUAAGUGUGAGAAAUCAAAAGUAACAUAACCUAUAUUCAAUCUGACAAUGUUAUGGUGACAGAAUUUAAAACUCACAAUCUACCAAAUACUCGAUCGGACGUUGAGUCAAUAUAAAGACGCAUAUACGGAAAAGUGCCGCCAUUAGUGUGUUUCUUGGAAGAAAAAAAGAAACAAAAAGAAGAAAAA